AUGGAGAAGAGUGAGUUUGUUAAAGUCGCAAGAGAUUUGAAGGGGUACGUCAUUGGAAGGCGUGGCUGUGUGAUAAACGAAAUCAUGGAUAAGUCGGGAGCAACAGUUAGUACACAGAGCAAGGAGGAGGAAGGGUUUACAAUCAGUGGUAAUCAAGAGCAAAGAGAAUGUGCUAAAAAGCUCAUCUUACAAAAAGUGGUAAGUAGGUCCAGAAAAAUGUGAAAAUUCUUGAACGCGGUGAAGACGGUGGCGAAACUCACCCCCGCUUUGUCUACUUUUAUAUAGUGAUUACUCUUGUCGGAAAUACCAAUGUGCUGUUGACCAAAUUUAUUGUAGAUACGAUUUCCAACGUAAUUUUGAAAAUCGACACUGGUCACUACAUGAUAUGGCCGCCAUGCAUGUCUGUUUGUUUAUUAAAAAUUAUCAUGAAUAAAUGACACUUGAAAUGUAUGUUGUCUGUGAAAUAAACUGACUCAAAUGCUAACAUUCCUUAACAAAGAGCUCUGUAUUCUCUUCAAGUGGCCUCAUUUGACCUGGUAGUUGGCGGGAUCUCACCUUGCUUAGGCAGGAAAAUUUAAAUAAGAAAAUUUUCUUCUGCCGUUACAAUGUUGUUAUUGUUGUAUUUUCUUACUGUAGAUGAUCUGUCAAGAAUUGGAAAGAUUUCCAAAGAAAAAUAUCUUUCUAACAAUGGUUUGAAACGGCGGGUAGAGGUUACCAUCCACCUAAGCUGCAGGCGAAGCUGACGAAACGGCUGCCAGCCCUCUGCUUGCUUAGAUGGUGUUCUUGCUCAGAGCAAGAGGGCAAUUUGCGUGCGUAUGCGUGCAUCCGCUGAACGACAAAUGCAUGAGCGCAUCAAAUCUGAUGGCGGAAAAUUAAAAACUCGCGCAAAAUUACAGCCCUUUUGAAAGCCAUUUCGUUGUUAAAUACUAUGCUUUCCCACUAUGACAAAAGUCGCACGUUUUCUACGCAGGUUUUCAGUUGUAGAUUUUUCAGCGGUACAUUUUCUUGACUUUUAAAGGCUGUGAAACUCAACACCAAAAGUUACUGUUCCUGAUAUUUUUCCAAAGCAACGAAUUUCUUUGGCUUGAUUUCCAACACACGGUUUUACUUAUCAAAGAAGAAAUGCAUCGCAGCAAUGGUCAGCUGCUUUAAAACAGCGUAAAAGGGUUUUAUACGCCAGUUUUAUUUAUUAGAAUGUUGUUUAAACUGAUCGCGGAGGCACGCGUUAAUAUAUGCCACAAACACACGAAAUCAAUGUUUUUAUAGUUUCAUGGAAAAAUAUGAAAAAAUAUCAUUUUACAGAAAAUGAAGAGUGCAUUCAGUCUUAAGACAGCAGCAAUUGAUCAUAUACUACGUACUCGAGCAUUUCAUAAGCUCACUCUGAGCAGAUAAUACAAAUGCACACUAAAUGACGACAAUACGACUACCUUUAUUUAACUCUAAAAGAUUCAGAGACUUGCCCUAAGGUUGGACCCGUGUAUCCUAAAUUUUUAUUAUAAGAUCCCUUACCAAACCAUAUGUAUUUUGAAACUGAUUUUAAAGUAUUUAAAAUGUAUUUUCAGUAUUUGAACACUAUUUUCCUGUAUUUUAAUACUAUUUGACAAAAAAAUUUAAAUUUUCGCCCCUGUUUGAAAUAUAUCUUGAGUGUAGUUAAAUUGUAUUUCAUGUAAAGGAAAACCUCUCUCAUCAAUUUGCAAUGUAUUUUGUUUAAUAAAUAUGAUUAAAAUAGAGUAUUUAAAAUGUAUUUUGGGCAUAGAACCACUAACACCGUUACAAACAGAGUUCAAGUAGACUAUUUGAAAUAUGUUUUAAGGGCUUUUAUGCUGACUGUAAUUAAGAAACUUUUAAAUAGGGUACUUUAACUCUGUUUUGAGUUGUAUCUAAAAUGUAUUUUGAGACGCAUCCACCGACAAAGUUACAAACAUAGUUCAAAUAGACUAUUUGAAAUAUGUUUUAAGAGCCUAAAUGCUGACCGUAUUUUAAAUCCUUUUAAAUAGGGUACUUUAACACUGUUUUGAGUUGUAUUUAAAAUGUAUUUUGAGACGCAUCCACUGACAAAGUUACAAACAGAGUUCAAAUUGACUAUUUGAAAUAUGUUUUAAAACCUUAAGAACUGACCGCAUUUUAAAUACUUUUAAAUAGGGUUUUCCGAUUUAGCGGAAGUUCUGCGGAAGUGGAACUAGCCAGUUUCAAAUGAGUUCAAUUUCUAGCCUUUCUAUACGUGAAAUUCGUUUAACGCCGACUACUGUCAGUAAAUCGCUAAUUUGUUUAUAACUUGCACUUCGCGAGACCAGCUGCAGCACUAAAUUUUAUAUUAUUCUUGCAAAGUUUCAUAUAACUCGAUUCCCCAAGAAAAUCAGGAUUCAAGGAAAUAAUUUCCAUGGCCAACUCUUUAGAGUCUGAGGCUGAAGAAGACCAGAAAAAAAUGGAAUAUCAAUAUUCCUGUUCAGCCCCCAACAAAUCAAAUUUCGGGCUUUGCACUCUGAGAAAAAAAGGUGCAUGUUGAAGUGUGGAAAGCGAUAAUGUUUCUAGCUGGGUUUUUAUACGGAGCGUAGGAAGAAGAUUUUAACCCUAUUCUUUCUACCAUUAAAACUAUAAGCAUGCACUCGGCCUAAUUUGUUUAAACCUUCAUUUUGAAAUAGCUUAAAAUGUGUGUUUUUCCAAAGAAUAAGCAUUUAACAUGUGUGCUGCUUUGUUAUUCUUUUGUUAUUUGUCAUAUAUGAGGCUUUCUUCUGCAAUCCCGCACCUUAGUGGGAACUCAUGGAAUUUCGCGCCAGUGUCAAAAAAUUUUUGCAUUCGCUUAGUUUAGUUUGAUUGCACCAAUAACUAUGAUUGCGCAUUCUGCCGUUUGUAUAAAUUUAUUGUCAUGAGCUUUUGCCAUAGUUAUGCAGAGUCGAAUAGAUAUCCACAAAUAGACGAAAUUGCCAGAUACGAUGCAUGGAGACUGCUCCCGCCGUCUUUCCCAAUUGGUAGGAGAGGAGAUAUACAAUGUCAUUCCUUUUCUGUUUAUAAAUUAUCGUAUUUAUGUGGCACUCGAUGAGACAAUGAAAACGAUUUUUAUUUACGUUUGACGUAGCAAAUUUAGAAAUAACUUGCGAUCAGACCUCCCAAAGAAAAUGGGAAAAUCUAAGGACCGCCUGAUCGCAGAUUAAUGAAGAAAAAUCAGACGUCUUGAGAGAUUCCCUCCUUGCCCAGGAUAUUAUCCAGUAAACGAAAGCAGUAUUGUUUACGUUUUUCCUUGUUAGCGUAUAUGUUUUAUCUUUUUUAAAUGACUUUUGAAAAAAGUUAGCACCGAGGGUGAAUUUAUUUGCAGCAUAUGCGUAUCUGCCAAAUGCGACUGCUAGAAGCAAAUACUGCAAAUGAGUCCUCUUGUUUUUAAAAAACGUUUACCAAACAUGUUUGUGCUCAUUUAUCCUUUUACGAGCCAGAUAUUUUGCAUAAAAAAUGACAUCAUGCAAAGAUUUACUUAUAACGAAAAAAUCGAGAUGACUUUUUACAGUAUAAUGGAAUCAAUUUCACAUCUCGGAAAAAAUGGCUCGAACUUCCGCUAAGUCGGAAAACCCUAAUAGGGUACUUAAACACUGUUUUGAGGUCUAUUUAAAUUGUAUUUUGGGCACACAGCACUCUGACUAUAAAAACAGAUUAUCCAUAAACUAUUUGAAGUCUACUUAAAGUCAUCAAAUGCUUACCUUAUUGUAAAUACUUUUAAGUAGUGUACUUAUAACUUAUUAUUACUAGGGUGCAAUACUGUAAUGUCUUUUGGGAGACUUAUACUCAGACUAUAAAUAAAAGUAACAAUUGCACAAAGUUAAUUUUUAAGCCUUCAUCGUGUCACGAACUCAUAAAUGACUCAAAACAAGCUGUCACAUAUUGUGNCACCUAAGCUGCAGGCGAAGCUGACGAAACGGCUGCCAGCCCUCUGCUUGCUUAGAUGGUGUUCUUGCUCAGAGCAAGAGGGCAAUUUGCGUGCGUAUGCGUGCAUCCGCUGAACGACAAAUGCAUGAGCGCAUCAAAUCUGAUGGCGGGAAAUUAAAAACUCGCGCAAAAUUACAGUCCUUUUGAAAGCCAUUUCGUUGUUAAAUACUAUACUUUCCCACUAUGACAAAAGUCGCACGUUUUCUACGCAGGUUUUCAGUUGUAGAUUUUUCAGCGGUACAUUUUCUUGACUUUUAAAGGCUGUGAAACUCAACACCAAAAGUUACUGUUCCUGAUUUUUUUCCAAAGCAACGAAUUUCUUUGGCUUGAUUUCCAACACACAGUUUUACUUAUCAAAGAAGAAAUGCAUCGCAGCAAUGGUCAGCUGCUUUAAAACAGCGUAAAAGGGUUUUAUACGCCAGGUUUAUUUAGUAGCAUGUUGUUUAAACUGAUCGCGGAGGCACGCGUUAAUAUAUGCCACAAACACACGAAAUCAAUGUUUUUAUAGUUUCAUGGAAAAAUAUGAAAAAAUAUCAUUUUACAGAAAAUGAAGAGUGCAUUCAGUCUUAAGACAGCAGCAAUUGAUCAUAUACUACGCACUCGAGUAUUUCAUAAGCUCACUCUGAGCAGAUAAUACAAAUGCACACUAAAUGACGACAAUACGACUACUUUUAUUUAACUCUAAAAGAUUCAGAGACUUGCCCUAAGGUUGGACCCGUGUAUCCUAAAUUUUUAUUAUAAGAGCUACGUUAUCAAUGCCUCACCGUUUUCAAAGUUAACUAUCAAAAAGUGUAGGGAAAAUGUAGUAGUUUCAAAUACUUUUCAGCUUCUGUUAAAUGAAUCGGGGAAUCUACCAGCGACAACAACCUUACCGAAGACUUGUACGAAGACAGCAAUGAAACCGAAUAUGUUUGACAAAAAUUGAGUGCUAACCUCUUUCGUAAUUGUUGCAAUCCAUUUAAACUGAUACUAUCAUUGGCUCAAUACGGAUGGUGUUAGGUAUCAAAAAUUGAUUUAAUACAUCUAAAUGAGUGGAACUCUUCAAGUUUAUUGAAAUGCGUUCAAAUACAGUAUGUAAUGGUUAUUUUGAGGAGCAAGGGAUGGCGCAGUGGUGAGAGCACUCACCUCCCACCAUUGUGGCCCGGGUUCAAAUCCCAGUGUCGAAGCCAUAUGUGGGUUGAGUUUGUUGUUGGUUUUCUCCUUUCCUCCAAGUAGUUUUUCUCCGGGUACUCCGGUUUUCCUCCCUUCUCAAAAACCAACAUUUCCAAAUUCCAAUUCGACCAGGAAUCAAGUAGACGAAGAACCACUUCGUGCAACUGCUACCUCUAAAUUAUUAUUAUUUAUUUAUUUUACAGUGUUGUCCAUUUUCUCAACGGCGUUUUUCAGAAAACGUGAAGUGGGUGGGUGGUUAACAAAGUGCAUCACAAGUAUUAAAUAAAGCAAAAACCCUUCUCUUUCACUUUUCCCCUUCCCAAAAAAGCUCAGUAACUUCAGUAAUAAUAUGGGGCCUGCAUCCGCAUUUCUUUUUGCAAAAACGACACUGAAGUGUACUCUUACAAAAUCGCAUGUUAGUGUAGCCACUUAGGUGUUCUUUGUAAGUGGACCACUCGUAGAUAGCCAACGAGGCCCUAGCCGAGUUGGCCAUAAUCAAUCAUACUCAACAAGCGUGAGGUAUAACUGUUUUGUUACUGAAAAACCGACGUCCAGAAAACAUCAACAAAUCUUCCCGACUUUUCUAAGGCCAACCGGAAGAGACAAGGGGCUUCCGGUUCUCAUUUGUCACACAUCUAUCAAAACUGUCACAAUUGGUCAACGAGAACACAAUGAAAAAAAAAAUUACGGUGAACACCUAACAACUUAUCAAGAUUCUCGCUCUGUACUCUGCUUGACAGCGAAAAAAAAAUCGCAGAUUAUGUUAACAAAGAGAAUUUUUCAAUGCAACCAUCGAAUUAUUGUGAAUUUGGAUAUCUGGUGCAGUAAUUGAAGGAAGCUAUUCACGCGGUCGCCAUGCAGAAAGCUCGUGCAAAGCUUGUCGUGAAGUUGUUUGAAGCUUUGCUGUUUGAGAACAGAAUCUAUAGAUGCCGGAUUUGCGUAGUGGAUGGGUUCAUAGCCUUUACUUGCAGCUACUUCCAGCAGUAAAUAACCGUCCAAAGUUCAAAGAUUCAGUUGUCACCUAUGGGAGGUAGUCGCUUCCGAGAGGCGAACCGUAGGGGGUCUUUUCCGAGAAGAUCUUUAGACACAGACGUUGUGGAAGAAUUAAUUGCAGGAAAUUUCUAAGGUACAAUAUGUGUAGUUCGAUCUUGUCACUAAAAGUUUAUCGUAUACUCUGAUUAGUGUUGCACAUACAGCGAACAUAGACUUAAACCAUGCGUCAAGUGGUCGCUUACAAGAGGAUAAGAACAAUGAAAAAUUCUAAAACCGUCAUCCUAAAAAGUGGUUGCGGUUACGAGAGGUUCCAGCUGUAGUGAUUUAACUGGAAAAAUGUCGUUGUUUUUAUGUGGCUAGAUUUAUUUUAGGUAAGGUUCCACUUGAGCCGAUGCGACCAGCGGCUUUACUCUCUGAAGCACGUGUUCUACGGGGGUGCCGGCGGCCCCUUUAAAUUGCAGUGCUUUUACAUAUUGCUUUAGUUUUGCUUGAGGCACCUAUCCUAAGCUCGUCUAUUGGCGAGGAGUUUAAGGUAAGUUGUCGCUUAUAGGGAGGUGCUUUCUUACGAGAGGUGGUUCCACAUGGAGGUUCGACUGUUGUCACUUGUGGUGUAUAUUCUGUUUGUCGGAUGAACAGGGUGGAGAUAUACUUCGGCGAGUGGCUUCGUGAUCUCCAAGAAAUUUACCAAACACGUUUGACUUUUUUCGUAGCCGGUCGAGAUAUAUAUUUUUCAUGUAUUUUCAAAGAAUCAUCGUGUCAUACUGUUUAUACUUUUGGGUCUUUUGUUGUAUUUUCCGACGAAAUUGCAUUUCUAGCAGUCUAAGAAUUUUCUCCGGUCGCCAUUUCUUCCCUCUGAGAAAAAGAACUUCAGCAUGCUUCUAAUCUUGAACUGACGCGUAAACUUAACAUUUUUGUAGAGCAUGGUAUAAUUAAUGGCUCAUAUGCUAUGAUGGCUAAGCCAAUCAAACUCAAGAACUGCAUUAUCCGAUGAUUCAGUUUUUUAUAUCCCGUGAUCGCUUAGCCAAUCAAAACUCUAUAAUUUCAUAAACCAAUGAUCCAUUUUUUAAAAAUAUAAUGAAAGGACCUGUCACGUCAUCUAAAGUGCAGGUCACCUUGGCCGUCAGCUCUGAUUUGUUAAAACACUGGCACCCGUAGACGACAACAACAAAACCUGGAUCGGAUAAACCUCCGUAAGUCAUCAAAUUACAAAUGGUUAGGGAUACGGUUAUAGCGAUCGAUCUGAUCCAGGUUUUGUCGACGCCGGGCAGAAUGGUAAUUUACUUUUUAUUUACUGGUAAGGAGCAAAGGCGAANUUUGUAGAGCAUGGUAUAAUUAAUGGCUCAUAUGCUAUGAUGGCUAAGCCAAUCAAACUCAAGAACUGCAUUAUCCGAUGAUUCAGUUUUUUAUAUCCCGUGAUCGCUUAGCCAAUCAAAACUCUAUAAUUGCAUAAACCAAUGAUCCAUUUUUUUAAAAUAUAAUGAAAGGACCUGUCACGUCAUCUAAAGUGCAGGUCACCUUGGCCGCCAGCUCUGAUUUGUUAAAACACUGGCACCCGUAGACGACAACAACAAAACCUGGAUCGGAUAAACCUCCGUAAGUCAUCAAAUUACAAAUGGUUAGGGAUACGGUUAUAGCGAUCGAUCUGAUCCAGGUUUUGUCGACGCCGGGCAGAAUGGUAAUUUACUUUUUAUUUACUGGUAAGGAGCAAAGGCGAAAGAGUGAAUUUGUUGAGGUGCCAAGAAACUUGAAGAGGUACGUGAUUGGAACUGGUGGCGUUGUGAUAAAAGAAAUCAGUCAAAAGUCUGGAGCAAGAGUUUCCCAGACCAUGGAGGAGGAAGGGUUUACAAUCAGUGGUAACCAAGAGCAACGAGCACGCGCCAGGCAGCUCAUCUUAGAAAAAGUGGUAAGUUUAUAAAUUACAAAUGUGAAACAACUUUUGGAAUGAAGACUGUGAACUGCGGAAAUACAAAUUUAAAUGAAGAUAUGAUCGUCGCAGUGGUAAUUGCAAUUUAAGCAAUUGCAAAUUAACCCGAAAAAAUUUUCGGGACUUUCACGGGAUUCUAACCCAUGGCCUCUGCGUUAGCGCUGCAGUGCUCUACCAACUGAUUUAUGAAGACCCAUACAUUGGGAGCAGGCCAAUUUGUUGAGUCAUCUUAACCCAUGAAUUGUCACCAUCAAUUUCACAGCUACGCAACCAUUGAAAUAUAUGAAGUUUUGGAAGGUGUGGAUAUUGAAAAAGAAAAAAAAAAACGAACAAACAAAAACAAAAAAUAAAAUAUGGGACGGUUGGCCUUGAAUGUACAAGAAGUGACUUAAUUAUUGGUUGAAAUAUACUUACAGUAACUUAAACUUACUGUAGGUGCCAAAUUUGUGUUUCUUACAGUUUCAAUAUCCUCAUCUCCAUAACGACAGUAUCUUCGAUUUUUUUCCCUACAUGUUCGCCCUGCGUGUAAGGCGCUGCAUGUUUCCACUUCCCUGCAGUAUUCCAUGUAAGGUAACGGUGCUGUUUGUGUAGUUUCCUUGACGAAAAUAUGCGACCAAGUGAAUUUUAAUUUUGAGUGGAGUGUGGCAGUGAAAAUAAUGGUAAUUGUUAUAGGCUUGCACCCUGCAAAACAAUUGUUCGCCCUCCUGGCAAGGACACAAGGAAGCUAUAUUCUUAAAAACGUGAUCAAAUAGACAUACAAAGUAAGAGUUGUUGAUUAGGUUAACGUAUUUUGUUAAAUAUUAAGAAAUGCUUCCCUUGCCAUUACCCAUUGAUUCUCUGAGUGUUAGCGGGCAGAAAGCAGAGUAGACCUGGGCGUAACACCUUAGCCGCCCUUAAAAUACUGACACUGGUAUGACUAUUAGCUAAUAGAGGUCUAUUUUUUUAUCUCAACUAUUACUGUGAACGUUUUGUUUUUGUUGUUUUACUGCUCAGACUUUCCGCCAUAUUUAUUAAAACGCUUUUUAAUGGUAAAUGCCAACUGAAAGUACUGUCACGCAUGCAGCAACCGCUUUUGUUUCACCAAUUAUUGUAGCAUCUAGUGUGCAUUACCGAGUAGACCUUCAAUCUUCCUGUCACAUUUAUAUUCCUAGUAAAGAAAUGCACUUUUUUACAGCAAGCUGUUCAGGAUAGAAACUUGAAAGCUGAGGAAGUUUCGUCUGGUGAGCUUGUGGAAAUUCCAGAAAAAUACAUAGGUUUGGUGUUUGGCAAAAAGGGAAAAAACCUCAAAGAUAUCAGCACUCAUACUGGAACAAAACUGGUUGGUAAAGACAACGGAGUGUUCAUUGUCAGGGGAACACCAGAACAAAGGGUACAAGCUAAAGUGCGAAUCAAAGAAAAAAUUGUAAGUAAAUCAGUAAGUUUUAAUGAUUCUAUAAUUCAUGCUUUUUACCAACACAUGGAAUAAUUUAGAUUGUUACAUAGCUUGUGGAUAUAUCGGUCAAUGUCUCACUCUCAUUAGCUGUUUCAGGAUCGGGUGAUUUGGGCAAUAAUUGAUGAAUUAUAUUCCGCGAGGGAUGCUUGUAAUUCAUCAAUAGUUGCUCUCUGGCAAAUUAACUUGACCGGGAAACGGUCAUCUAUAACAAAUGAUCCGCUCCCCAGGUGGCUUGAUCAGCUCAUUUGGGUAGAGUGUUCCGUCCGAUUGUCGCAAAGUUCAGGGUUCGAUUCCCACCUGAAUUUUGCCAGGUUCUCUUUCAACCACUUAGGUUCAAUUAACUGCAUGCGAGGGUUUCGUAUUUUUAUGCGCAGUUCACACAUAUGAUUUAUUUUAUAUUUUCAAUAAAAAGGAAUGGAAUGAGCUAUUGCUGGCAUGGUUGUUUUCCUUGUCCGUCUGCUCUCAAAGUAAAGGGAGAUAGAGUUUUCUUAGGGUUUUCUUUGUUGGUUGAUUUGAUACCAAAACAGUUUAUACAUGACUUUGUUCUAUAAAAAAACACUAGAAUAAAUGACUCUCAAGAAAACAAAACCAACUGUUUCCCUCGGGAGGAGACAGUGAGUGUAUUUGCGUUAACAAGUCAUAAGGAAAAAUGUUAAUAGUGAUAAAUAUUAUCCUGUAUGUAUUGCUUUAGCGCUUCUGUGAAUUUUUAAAUCCUCAUACAUAUGCAAACCGCCUAGUAUAAUAUAUAUCAAUUAAACGAAGAAAAUAAAUCCAUUUAACAGAAAUAAAAAAUAAACCGAAAAAGCGUACAUCUCUCCACUAACCACUUUUCAAUGGACCAAAAUUUCCUUAACAACAUUUCAUAUUCACAGCGUUUGAUUUAACGGUGUAUGAAGCCACUAGUAACUGGUCAGGGUCCACGGGUCGAGGUUGGCCGAUUACUUUCAAAUUUCUACAACAGAUUACCUUUCGGAUGUGAUUAUUAUAUUCCCUUAUUAAACAGAUUGGCUUUUUUCAUGGGACUUUGACCACCUCCUUGUCUUUGGCUAAUUUGCAUACGAAUACCGUGUCAAAUUUGGGGUAACUUGUGCAAGUUAUUUUACCCACCUCUUGCCAGUUUUCAGCGUUUUUUAUUUAUGUAGAUCAUCUGAGAUUCGAUCAAAUUGUAUUCACGUGAUGAAUGAUUCUGGAUUGUUAGUAAUGUCUUUGGCGAGUGCGCAAAUUUUCGUCCCGUGUGACUUUGGCGGAUUUGCCAAUUUUAAGCUCUCUUCAAAUUACAUUUUCGCACAACUGCGCAGAUAAAAUUUCAAAUCAAAUUGGUUUUGGCACAGUCCAUUAAUUACUAUUGAAUAUUCAGUAAGAUUUGCAUUGGGACCUCCGAAUCCUUUUGCAAGAUUGACCACGUAAGUCCGCCCAAAUCGGCAAAAAUAAAAUGCAAUUGCCCUCCAUUUUUUACGUACCAAACAGGCUUGGCGAACACGUUUGUGCGAGUGCUUGCGUGUUAUCCAUAAAUCUGUUCUCAGUCUGCUGUUUCGUUGAGCCUAACAAAGUUUAAAAGUUGGUUUACACAAAAUUAAUAUACGCUGCAGCUUUUGCACGUGAUUAUUAGCAACAUUUACCGCAAAAUGUAAACAUUACUUUUACCUUGAACGAGUUUCACAUGCGAUGUUUUCUGGAUGAUUUACAGCUAAAUAUUAUUGAACAUAAAAUAUAGUUUGCGUGUGUUUUUGUUUUAUUUACGUCCAAACAAGUCAUAGAAAAUCCGUGCAUAUUGAUUUGGAUCGGGAAUGAGAUAGAUUAAAUAAAGUACAAAUUUUCGACUCUUGUGACUCCAUGGGAUUCGCCAAUUUUAUAUGUGUUUGUAAAAUAUUCAGUAAGAUUUAGAUUGGGACCUACGAAUCCUUUUGGAAGACUGAGCACGUUAGUCAGCUAAAAUUGGCAAAAUCAGAAUUCGGUUUCCUGCUUGGAUUUUUAAAGCAACAGGACAUGCUAAGUGAUUUCUUUCAGCUGUUUGUAUCCUUUAUCCAAAAUUAUAUGUUUUUAUUUGUCAAAAGUAAAUGGAAUAUGAUCGUUCGGGUGAGUGUAGACCUGUGCAGUCUUGAGUGUGACUGUGGUUGACAGUGAAUGACGUUUCGACAACCUGUGCGACAGUCAACAGCAGGCCUAUUCAGGAAUACACCUGUUAGUGUUUGUCAGCUUUUAGUACUGGACUGCCUGUGGGACAAGCCCAGAGUAUAAUUUCGUAUCCGCAGAAAAACGUACAACCGGGGGAGGGAAGACACGAGGGUCUUGUACCGAGAAACCAUGUUCCCACAAGUGAGUUUCAAAGGAUUUUCCCUUGCACAGACCCUGAUGUUAAGAAAUGGACGUCCAUGAGCGAGCGAAGUGACAGCUUUGCCCUGUUAGAAGGCUUUUCAUUUUAAUAUUUCCUUCUUCUUAAUGCAACACACUCUACUUUGGGGGUCUAAAUUUCGGAUAAGGAUAAAGAAGACACUGACAAAAAUAGGAACUUUGAGAAUUUCGCACACAAGCUUAAAAGACCAGCUUGAGGAAAAUAGGAGCUAUUACUGACAAGGUGUUUUGACUGAGUAGAGCAUACAGUUGUUUUCAAGUAUAGCCCAGAUUUUUUGCUUGUGUUUGCAUCUGUAUCUUGCUAAGCUUUUUUCAUUAACUUUGUACAUGGUCUUGUUAUCAUUUGUUAAUAUGUUUCUCCUCAAUUCUGUGUUUGCCCAUUCAGCAAGCACGAUAUAUUGAUGUCAGCAUUACCGAGUUUCAAAACACCUCACUCGCGUGAUGUUUCUUGCCAUGUUUACCACUUUAUGGAGAAGUUAACUGAAGCCGACGGCAAAAUGGGAACUUAAAAAAGCCUGUAAUCGAUUUAUCUCAAAACAUAAUACACAUGACUUACACGACCUUUAUUGAAUACGAACGAACACUGUAAAUGUGAGGGGCAAAAACAGUAUUAGAAAAGAAUGAACCAUAGGGUUUUAAUUAACAUAAGGGUCAAUUAUUGUGCUUUGAGAUGAAUCGCUUGAAAAGAGAGAGUUCCUGCAUGCGCAAUCAGAAGUAAACAAGGGCACAUGGUGCGUUUCGUUCAGAUGGCACGAAAAGUUCGCAGGAGUUAUAAAGCGGCAUAAUUUUCUGCCAUGAAGAAAAGUUAGUCCAUGGGUGAGACAAACAGUAACUCGAGCGAAUUUUUAACUCAUAUUAGUAUCACGGUAAAAAAGUAUGUUAUCGAUCGUUUCAUCUAUUUACAUUGUUUAAAGUGCCUGCCGAUGAAAGCAACAUGUGAGCGAGAAAUCUUUAAACUUUUUUAGGUUACAAAAUGCAAAGGAUUCUAUUCCUUUAAGUUAGAGAAAAAUACAAAGGAAAAAAUAUUAAAACUGAAUAUCUUUUAUCUUGUGGAAACAAAUAAUGCGUUUAAUAUAAAUACUGUUUUCAUGUAGACUGUUGACCACAAGUUAGGAUCGUCUCACUGUAACCAAUGAGGCCCGUGGUUCGGGAUCAAUUGGCAGUUGGCAGUCUGUGUUAGUAAACUUCUCGUUUUCAUACAAUACAAUAUUUCUGUCUAGUGUAAGCAGAAGCAGCCCAGUGAAUUCGCCUUUUGGCGAGUCUAGUUAGCACUUUAGAAUAUGUAGAUGGUUUUAGCGCUAUAUAAAUAAAUACCAUACUAUUAUUAAUAUGUCUAACGUUGAAUGUCUCUCGGGAUGAGCCACUGUACUUUUCAGCUGAUAUAGUACUUCUGCUUUUGCUGUGGAGGUCAAAUGAAACUCCUUUUACUCGGUUUGCUUAUUUGUAUCGUACCUUGUUGAAAUUUAUUCUGACUCUGGCUGUCGUCUGUGUUUGAGAACGGAUGUUUUAUGAGUCAAAUGAGUCAAUGAGUCAUGAGUCAAUGAGUCAAUGAGUCAGAUCUGAAAAAAUAAAGUUUCGGUAGAAACAAUAAAGGCAAUUACUUUUACUUAAUUUGUCUACCUGCUUCAUUGCUGCCUGCACAUAUGCAAGGCCUAUUUCUGACCUGAAAUCUCAACCUGGGUUUUUUGUUAGCAGUAUCCCAGGCCCUGCGUGCAUGUCCCGAAAAAUAGCCUUCCCAGACACCCUUCAAGAACCAUUUAAACCAUCAGACAAUCCAUACUACUAGAGUUUCCAUACCAGAAGUGAAGUGCUGCCCCAAGGUUGUUCAUAUUAGUUGAUGCAAGAGUUUUAAACGGCGAGCUAAUGUAAGUAAACACAAACAUGAUGCAAACAAUGAAUGCCCGAUGAUUUUAAUCAAUCAACGAGCCUUGAAAGCUAUUUAAAAUGACAAUGGGUAUACAGUAAAUACCUCAAUAAUAAUUAUUCGUACACUGUAUGUUUCUAAUAUAAACACUGACUGUGUACAACUGUUCGACUCGCUGUUUCAUACCCCUCCUCGGGCAAAUUACAAUUCAGUUUGUUCGCCUCGUAGCAUCAUUCACCUUUUGAGGCAAGUAAAACUGAUUGGAACAAGUGGCGAACUACAUUGGCAAGAUUAUCAACUGAAAACAACUCUGCUACUGAUUGUUGGAGCGGACGCUUAGUGUCCUGGAUCAUCUUCAUUGUGUUCCUGAUGACCGACACCGAUCCACAGGAUGAAAGAAAAUUGUAUUCCCCUUGA